GUGAACGUCCUUUUGCAGUGUGCUUGGUGGCUGUUGAAGUGUGGUGCUGGCUGCGGCACCAUGCCAAAUUGACAAUCGCUGUCGCCUCCUCCGUCAUAACGUUGGAGGAUCUUCUUCCUCAUGAUCGGACGACGCGUCGAUAACGUCGCCGCUCUGUUGCUAUACGACAGAUAAUGACUGAUAAGCCAUUGCAUAGACUUUCUCGCAAGUCACGACGAACUCACACGACACGAGGAAAGCCUCCCAGUCAGUGUGGACAAAAACACGUGCGAGCUCUGAACAGGCAAGUUGCAUCCUGAGAGAUAAUGUCCAAGCAGAAGCACGUGUUGGGGGCGGCCCUGUCUCGCAAGGAGGUGCGCCUCGCCCGGUGGUACUUCGGGGGCCUGGCGGGAUCCAUGGCUGCUUGCUUCACUCACCCCCUUGACUUACUGAAGGUGCAUUUGCAGACGCAGUCGGUGGGACGUGUCAGCCUGGUGGGCAGCACAGUGACCAUCAUUCGGCACCAGGGCGUACUGGCCAUGUACAACGGCCUCAGCGCGUCUAUUCUCCGACAGUUGACCUACUCGACAACGCGCUUUGGCAUGUACGAGGUUGUUCGGCAGUACCUGGUCAAGCCGGGAGAGAACAUGAAGUUCUACCAGAAGGUCUUUGUCGCAGGCGUUGCCGGUGCCACUGGCGGGUUUGUCGGCACCCCGGCCGACAUGGUGAAUGUCAGGAUGCAAAAUGACGUCAAACUGCCUGCUGAAAACCGAAGAAACUACAAGAACGCGCUGGAUGGCCUGUGGCGCGUCUACCGGCAGGAGGGAGCACUCAAGCUCUUCUCCGGAGGUGGUGCGGCUACGGCCAGAGCCGUGCUCAUGACCAUCGGGCAGAUCUCAUUUUACGAGCAGAUCAAGCAAGCUCUGCUAUCGACUGGGUAUUUCAGCGACAACCUAACGACGCACUUUUCUUCCAGCCUAAUGGCGGCUGGCAUAGCGACGACACUAACGCAGCCCUUGGAUGUCAUGAAGACGAGAAUGAUGAACGCCAAGUCAGGUGAAUACAGGAGUAUAUUGCACUGUGCCCUAGAAACGAAGAAGUUCGGAAUUAUGGCAUUCUUCAAGGGCUACAUCCCUGCGUUUGUGCGACUGGGCCCCCACACGAUCCUGACUUGGAUCUUUCUCGAACAAAUGCGACUGAAUUUCGGCGCGGUCCGUUACACGCAGUGAUUUUGCCUCACAUUGCACGCUUAGCCACGCUUGUAACAUUUGUGCUGAGGGCCCACAGCAACGACUUUCGCAUCAACCGAGAGUCCACUAGCAGAAGGACCUGUCAACGCCGGUUAUGGGUGACUGGUGCGAGCUUCUGGGUAGGGAGGGGGCUAGCUAUUGUUUAUGCGAUUCCAUUAAUUGUGUAUCGCUGCAUUCGCUCUUCACAUUCAGCUGAGGUUUUUGGCUGUCUUGGUGCGUCUUAUUUGCUUCUACUAAUUCGCAAUAUUCUUUAUGCUGGCACUGUUUUCCCGAUUUUCACAGACCAUUGCUUUUCGAGAUGAAACGUUUAAAGUCAUUGCAAGCCAUUCAUGGUGACGUUUCGUUGUUUGAGUGUAAGAACGAUAAUAGAGACACAUCUGUUGUGUUGCCAAGACAAGCGGUGGUUUUGCACUUAAGCAUUUUGCACACUGCUUCUUCGAUAAUCAAAUACGAGAACUGUGGUACUAUGUGGUCUUGAUGUACUAUGAACGCACAGUGAGUUGAUGUAAGGUUGGGAGCUUUUGAUUAUUGCAGUGAAUUAAAUAUUUGAGUACACAAAUGGAAGCAGUUCUAAUACUGACAAGUUAUUAUUAUUAAUAAUUUAUUUUAAUGGCACAGUAUUAACAGAAAUAUUUCAAACACACAGCUCUCGGUGAUGUUGGAAGUAAGACUUGAAGUUUCAAGUGUUCUGAUGUUUUUCUUUUUUUUUUGAGAGAUGUAGUUGAUUUUUGUUUAUGCUUCGCACAGAGUAGAAAACAGAUAGUGCAAAUAUGGUGAGUAGAGUAUCCUUUAAUAAAUCUGGAAUACGAAAAAUAUGGGCCAAAAUGACAUGCUUUGUUGAACAUUUUAUGUUUAUUUUGUUCAGCAGUGUUCUAUUUGAAAUAGCUUUUUAUAUGUAUUGCACAGAGUAG